GCAGCCUGUCGCUGGCCGUGCCCCCGGGCCCUCUCAGCUUUGAGGCUCUGCUCGCCCAGGUCGGGGCGCUGGGCGGCGGCCAGCAGUUGCAGCUCGGCCUCUGCUGCCUCCCGGUGCUCUUCGUGGCGCUGGGUAUGGCCUCAGACCCCAUCUUCACGCUGGCGCCCCCUCUGCACUGCCACUACGGGGCCUUCCCCCCCAAUGUCACUGGCUGGGAGCAGCCCCCCAAUGCCAGCGGCGUCAGCGCAGCCCUAGCAGCCAGCGCCGCCAGCCGCGUCGCCUCCAGUACGGACCCCUCGUGCAGCGGCUUCGCCCCUCCGGACUUCAACCACUGCCUCAAGGACUGGGACUAUAACGGCCUGCCGGUGCUCACCACCAACGCCAUUGGCCAGUGGGAUCUGGUGUGCGACCUGGGCUGGCAGGUGAUCCUGGAGCAGAUCCUCUUCAUCCUGGGCUUUGCCUCCGGCUACUUGUUCCUGGGUUACCCUGCAGAUAGGUUUGGCCGUCGCGGGAUUGUGCUGCUGACCUUGGGGCUGGUGGGCCCCUGUGGAGUGGGAGGGGCUGCUGCAGGCUCUUCCACAGGUGUCAUGGCCCUCCGAUUCCUCCUGGGCUUUCUGCUUGCUGGUGUUGAUCUUGGUGUCUACCUGAUGCGCCUGGAGCUGUGUGAUCCAACCCAGAGGCUUCGGGUGGCCCUGGCAGGGGAGUUGGUCGGGGUGGGAGGGCACUUCCUGUUCCUGGGCCUGGCCCUUGUCUCUAAGGACUGGCGAUUUCUGCAGCGAAUGAUCACGGCUCCCUGCAUCCUCUUCCUGUUUUAUGGAUGGCCUGGCCUGUUUCUGGAGUCGGCACGGUGGCUGAUAGUGAAACGACAGAUAGAGGAAGCUCAAUCUGUGCUGAGGAUUCUGGCUGAGCGGAACCGGCCCCAUGGGCAGAUGAUAGGGGAGGAGGCCCAGGAGGCCCUGCAAGAGCUGGAGAAUACCUGUCCUCUCCCUGCAACAUCCACCUUUUCCUUUGCGUCCCUCCUCAACUACCGCAACAUCUGGAAAAAUCUGCUAAUCCUGGGCUUCACCAACUUCAUUGCACAUGCCAUUCGCCACUGCUACCAGCCUGUGGGAGGAGGAGGUAGCCCAUCAGAUUUCUACUUGUGCUCCCUGCUGGCCAGUGGCACAGCAGCCCUGGCCUGUGUCUUCUUGGGGGUCACUGUGGACCGAUUUGGCCGCCGGGGCAUCCUGCUGCUCUCAAUGACCCUCACUGGCAUUGCAUCCCUCAUCCUGCUGGGCCUCGGGAAUUAUCUAAAUGAAGCUGCUGUCACCACCUUCUCUGUCCUUGGACUCUUCUCCUCCCAAGCUGCUGCCAUCCUCAGCACUCUCCUUGCUUCUGAAGUCAUCCCUACCACUGUCCGGGGCCGUGGCCUGGGCCUGAUAAUGGCACUGGGGGCACUUGGAGGACUGAGUUGCCCAGCCCAGCGCCUCCACAUGGGCCACGGAGCCUUCCUACAGCAUGUGGUACUGGCAGCCUGUGCCCUUCUGUGCAUCCUCAGCAUCAUGCUUCUGCCGGAGACCAAGCGCAAGCUUCUGCCUGAGGUGCUCCGGGAUGGAGAGCUGUGCCGUCGUCCUUCCCUGCUGCGGCAGCCACCCCCUAACCGUUGUGAUCAUGUCCCGCUGCUAGCCACUCCCAACCCUGCCCUCUGAGAAGUUUCUGAGCACUCUCCCAUACAGAAAGGUAGCAUAGCGAUCUUUUGAGCAAAGAGUGAGGAAGGGAAGGCAGACUGACCAAAAGACUUACAGGCUCCUCACACCAGCCAUUGAGGAGAGCGCAGAGAGCUUCUCCUACCCCAUCUCCCUGCUGCUUUGUGUCCAUUUCUUCAGCAAGAAUCAGGGGCAGGGAGAAAGCACUACACUGUAACCAUUGGGUCUGAGCUCUAUCCUUUGUCCAAAGACAUCUUCCCAGACCUCAUUCUUUCUUGCUUUAACAUUCUGUUUCAAUAAAAGACAUUUUGAAUAAGUGAGCAUAUCACA